AUGGAUUCAAAAUUUUCACGUUUACAAAGUUUUGUUAACGAAUCUAAUAGUAAUAAUGAUGACAAUAUUCAAUCAUGGUCUCGAGCAGUUUUCUCACGAGACUUAUUUCAAACAAAUAUAGAUCGUGUACAAAGCUUUUUUAACAAACGUUCAGAUGGUUCAUCAACAUCAUCAUCAUCAUCAUCAUCAUCAAGUGCAGAUGAUAUGCAAAUAUUAUUACAAAAAGGUGACAACGAUCCUAUCUUACCAGCAUUGAGUCGUAAGCAACGAAUCGUGGGUUUUAUGCUAUGUCUUGUUAUGGGUAUAUUUUGUAUGUCAUUGGCUACACUUUAUAUUCCCGUUAUUGUAUUCAAAGCACGAAAAUUUGCUUUACUAUUUUCAUUUGGUAGUCUGUUUUUCCUAUCGAGUUUUUCAAUGUUAUGGGGACCAACAAAUCAUCUUAAACAUUUAACAAAUAUUGAUCGUCUCCCAUUUUCUAUAACUUAUAUGAUUACUCUUAUUUGCACAGUAUAUUAUUCUGUAUGGGUCAAAAGUUAUUUCUUUACACUUAUUUUUGUUCUAUUGCAAGUUAUUUCUCUCAUCUGGUAUAUUGUGUCGUACAUACCCGGUGGUGCACAUGAUAUGUUCAUUCGAUCUUUCGUUCCAAGAACAAAUUCGAAUUGUUCAUUAACUAUUUCAAUUCGAACAUUUAAGCGUUUUGGUGAAUAUGUCAAAGGUUAUGGUCAUGAACCAAAAUAUUAUCAAGGAGGUUAUCUUCCACGAGUAGCUCAUUUGAAAGAUCCACCUAAUUAUUUACCUCCAUUCAUCGAUCCACAAGAAUGGACUUUAGAAGCAUCAACCUUCGGACAGAAUGAUUAUAUAGGUAAAUAA